AUGAAUGCAGAAACCCUACUGUCAAACCCAGACUACAGCGUGGACAUGGCGUACAUACUGGUGGUUCAACGCUUGCUGGUGCCGCACGCCAGCGCCGUGCACUCGACGCCUCUCGGCCUGCCCUCGGUGCACGUGCUGCUGAGAUCUCCGCAGCGGUGCACCCUGCCCGCAGGCUGUCUCUGCCGCUCCACGGCCACCAUGCGGGUGAACGCCGGAGGCCUGCUGCUGCAGACCGCCGCCUCGCCGGGCCAGACCUGGACCUUCCACGUGCGCGAGGCGCGCCUGGUGUUCACGGUCACGGCCGUGUCAGACAGCUACAGCACCAGCUGGGCGGCCGGCCAUGUGACGGACGUGCGGCUGUACAGCUUCCGCGGCCGCGUCUACAUGGUGGUCGGCUACGGCUUCGUCCGCGGCGGUGAGUAUCGGGGGGACCGGGUCGUUGCCCAGCCACGCAGGUGUUUGUGCUGCAGCCGGCCGGCUGGCUGGAGGUGCAGUCGCUGCCCGCCACAGUGCGUCUCCUCCCUCGACUUGACCCUGGUGGACGAGCUGCCGCACCUACUCGUCGUCAACAGGUUCAGCCGCCAGCCGCUGUCUCUUCAAGGAGAAAUCCAGCUAUGGGUUUGGGAUGCAGAUCUCAACAAGUUUGUGGAGCGGAAGGUGCUGUACCACGCCGACAUUCAAGCGGUGUUGUUCCUCCACGCGCACAGCAAGGUCUUUGUGGUGGUGGCUGAUUUGGAUGGUCUCACGCUGCUGGAGUACGUGCCCCGUCUGCGGACGUACAUGGUGUGCCAGUACCUGGGCGAGGAGGGCGUGUCGGCGGUGACUUCGUUUGUGCUCGGCGCCGAGAGCUACCUGGUGGUCUUCUCGGCCAAACUGAACGAGAUCGUGGUCUACUUGGUCACGCAUCAGGAGGGGCUGGAGCGACACUGCCAGUACCCGGCUACCUCCGUCCGCUCGCUGGCCGUAUACACGUGGCAGCUGCAGCUGUUCGUGGUGGCCGUGCACGAGCAUGGCGUGCUCGUCUACGCCGUGGUGGUGCGGGGCCGCGUCAGCCUCGUCGCCACGUCUGGAGCCCGCCUGCCGCUGCUCGCCUGAGCACGAAUGACGUCAGCCUGACGUCACUGUUGCUGCUUGACACGGCCACCUCGCUGGCGGCCCGCCCCGUCCCGAGUUCAACCGGUGACGUCAUGGUCGUAACGUCGAUGUCUUGUUCGGUGGUGGAAACGGGUGGGGGCGCCGCCGGAUUGUUGUCAACGCGUUGUUAACCCUGUUAUGAACGUCUAGCUGCGACGAGUUAAAAUAUAAUUGUG